GCAGUAAUAGCAUUCGUUACAAGAUGCAGGAACGCGCCUUGUCGCAGUACAGAACCAUUUAGCGUCCUAUGAGGUGGCGCUCAUUCAUUGCCAUACUGCAGCCCAGAGCUUCUCUCACAAGAUAUUCCUCGCCAGGGCUCGUGGAGUUGCGUCACCACGCGUAGCACGGUCGUUCCACCGUUACCAUGUCGUCCAGCCGUCACUCGUACUCCAGCGGCAAAUCGCCAAAGCGCCCGAAGCAGCAGUCCCGCUCUUCGCGAGCCGGCCUCUCUUUCCCGGUGGGUCGCAUCCACCGGCUUCUGCGCAAAGGCAACUACUCCGAACGCGUGAGCGGCGCCGCGCCCGUCUACUUGGCCGCGGUGCUCGAGUACCUCACGGCCGAGGUCCUGGAACUCGCCGGCAACGCGGCGCGGGACAACAACAAGGCGCGCGUCACCCCGCGCCAUCUGCAGCUUGCCGUGCGCAACGACGACGAACUGAGCAAGCUGCUCUCCGGCGUGACCAUCGCCGAAGGAGGCGUCCUGCCACACAUUCGGCCGGAACUGCUCCCCAAAGCUUCGAGCGCCAAGUCGAAGAAGUCGGACGAAACGGUAGCAGCCAGCCAGGACUUUUAAACGCAGCAGCUCGGCGAAGUGUAUCCGGCCUUUCGUUGCAUUGCGCUUUUAUUCUACACUUACGCAUGCUACACGUCAUAGAUGACGACGCGACUGCGCAUUGUCGUGAUUUUUUUUUAAUGUAUACUUUAUCGCAUUGCAGGUGUUAUUCGUUAUUCGGCACUGGAUGCUGCAAUGCUUACUAUAAUGCAACCUGCUGUCCAAUGUGCUUGCCUCCCUUCUCUGGCGCCGCUGUAAGACUCGUGAAAAUAAACCUUUUAGCCCUAUC